AUGGUAGACUCUCAAACGUGGUUAGACCAAAACUAUCCCGACAAUGGCCUUUGCAUAAGAGUUGAGGAUAGUGAAAAUUAUAACAAACCCAGAAACGCAAUCGUUAUUAAUUUAGAUAUUAGUAAUCAAAAUUUAAAAGGCAAUUUACAACUAGGCAGUUCCUUUUCCAAACUAAAAAAGUUUAACUGUUCAUUUAAUAAAUUAACUGAACUCGGUUGGGGCAGUCUUGAAAGCAUAGAAGAAAUUGAUCAAUCUCACAAUCAGAUAAAUGGCAGCAAAGAUAUACAAAGCAAGUUUGCUCCUAAUCUCAAAAAAUUAAAUUUCUCUGACAACUAUAUCUCUGGCUUUAAUUUAAGCACCCCCAAAUUAGCUUAUUUGGAUGCUACGAAUAAUUUACUUACUAGUUUGGUUCUUAAUAGCACGUCAAAUUUAGUGGAGUUAAAAUGUUCCAAUAAUAGCAUUUCUAGCUUGACUUUAAGCAAAUCUUUUAAUCUUGUUCUUUUUGAUUGUUUUGAUGUUAAAUUGGUCACUAUGGUUCCAACUCCCACUUCUUCCCUUUCUUCUCAAUCAACUUCUCGUUUCCCAACCGACGUGAUGAAACUUAUGUGA